AUGCCAAGUGCGCGCGUGGACUUAUCUGGACCGUGCUCCUCGGUGCCUAGUCCUGGGCCCUUCACACUGCGAGAGUGCACCAACCUGAGGGAGCUGUCCCUCGAGAACAACCGCCUUGUGCGUCCCCUCCUCGACUUCAGAUCCUGCCGUGCUCGUGCCGCCAUCCCACACCAUCGCCUAUCCCUCCCCUGCCCCCCCCCCUCGCUGCAGAUGCCUGGUGGACCUGAGGGUGCUGCGGCUGUUCCACAACCCGCUCAAGUUCUUCCCGGAGAUCCUCCCCUGCCGCCACCAUCAUCACUCCAUUCUCUUUCCAUAACACCACCCUCCAAUCCCCCCACACUCACACACCGCCUACCCCUCCUCCUCUCCCCCCCCGCACAGAUCCUGCCGUGCUCGUGCCACCAUCCCACACCAUCGCCUAUCCCUCCCCUGCCCCCCCCCUCGCUGCAGAUGCCUGGCGGACCUGAGGGUGCUACGGCUGUUCAACAACCCCCCUCGAGUUCUUCCCGGAGAUCCUCCCCUGCCGCCACCUGCGCAUGCUCUCCCUGGCCAACGUGCGCAUCAUCAGCGGACCCUGACCUCAAGAUCGUUGAUGUCAGCAUCGUGGUGAGUCUGUUGGGACGCUUGAGUGCAUGGUUGCAGGAGUGUGACUUGCAUGGGCUCCUGCUUUUCCAUCUGCGCAUGUUCUCCCUGGCCAACGUGCGCAUCGUCAGCGAUCCCGACCUCAAGAUCGUGGAUGUUAGCAUCGUGCAACUGGAGGCGCAGCAAGGCUCUUACUUCUCUGCGUCCAAGCACUGUCUGAGCGACUUCUUCGCCCUCAUCUUCCGGUACUCGUCCGUGCACCACCCGCUGCUGGCGUCCGCCCUGGCGCGCAUCUGUGAGGAUCGCGAGAACCGCGCAGCCAUUGGCAAGGAUGAGAGCGCGAUCAGGCAGAUCGUGAGCAUGCUGCUGGCGGACUCCAAGCACGUGGUGGAGCAGGCGUGCCAUGUGUUAUCAUCCCUCGCAAUGGACGACGCACUGGUGGAGCAAGCAUGCCACGCCCUCUCCUCCCUGGCAAUGGAUGACGCACUGGUGACCCACCUGGUCAAAUCAGACGUGCUGGCAGCCAUCUGCUCGCUGCUGCUCUCCCAGCAGCCGGAGAUCCUCGUGUCAGUGCUGCGAGUCAUUGCCAACCUCGCCCUCGCCUCAGAUUCCGUCGCUGCGCGCAUUCUCAAUGUGGAUUCUGCUGCUAUCCUUACCAGUCUGUGUCACCACACGCACAUGAUGGAUGGCUGGUACGGGUGGGGCAUGGCGUGUGGUGGUGUGCUGCUCUCCCAGCAGCCGGAGAUCCUCGUGUCCGUGCUGCGCGUCAUUGCCAACCUCGCCCUCGCCUCUGACUCCGUUGCUGCGCGAAUUUUGAACGUGGACUCUGCCGCCAUUCUCACCAGCCUCUGCCACCACACUCACAUGAUGGUAUGGUACCAUCCAUCCCCACUAUCCCCUCCCCAAACCCUCCCUCACCCUUCCCAUCACCACCUCACCCUGCAUCCUUUCCGUUCUAACAACCUCCCUCUCCCUCUCGUCCAUCUCUCUCGCCUCUCCUUCCCGUCCCUCUCUCCCGUCCCUCCCUCCUCCUUCUCCCAGGUGCAAACUCAAGCCCUAAUGGCGGUGGGUAACUUGUCAUUCUGCCCGGACAACCGCCGCCUGCUGGUGGCCCAACCAGGCUUCCUGGAUGGGCUCUAUCACCUUGCCACAGGGGGUGGGGGGCUGGGCGGCGGGGGCUUCGGGGGCGGGGGAGGGGGAGAGGAAGCGGGAGAAGGGGGUUUGGGAGCGGAAGGGGGGGGGAUGAGGGGGGGCGGAGGGGGUGUGGGCAGGUACCAGCACAGGGCGUUAGUGGUGGAGGUUCCAACUGUCUUCUCGUUCCGCAAGGCGGCAGCACGGGUGCUUGCUAUUCUGGGUGAAAAUCGGCUGGUGCAGGAGGCGCUAUGCACGAGGGCAGUGGGGCAGAGAGGCGUGUGCGUACUGGUGAUGGAUGGGGGGGGCAUGCGAGGCAUGGCCAUGGUGCAGAUGCCACGCAGCUAUAUAACAACUCCCUCCCGUUUUACCCCCUUCCCCCUCGCUUUGUGCCGUGAAAAUCGGCUGGUGCAGGAGGCGCUGUGCACGAGGGCAGUGGGGCAGAGGGGCGUGCGAGUGCUGGUGAUGGACGGGGGGGGCAUGCGGGGCAUGGCCAUGGUGCAGAUGCUGAGGCAGAUAGAGGGGCGCACGGGAAGGCGUGUGCAUGAGCUGUUUGACCUCGUGUGUGGCACGUCCACUGGCGGCAUGCUGGCAGCUGAGCUGGGGAUCAAACGGCUCACCUUGGACCAGUGCGACGAUGUGCGCGUGCAUGAGCUGUUUGACCUGGUGUGUGGCACGUCCACUGGGGGCAUGCUGGCAGCUGAGCUGGGAAUCAAGCGCCUCACACUCGACCAGUGUGAUGACGUGUGGAGUCGGCAUCGCAAGCUGGUGUUUUCGAACAUGGAGGCGAUGGAGUCGGCAUCGUGGCGGAACAAGCUGACUGUUGAUGUGCUAAGUCAAGUUGCAACCAACCCCUGCUCUCUCCGUGUUCAACCCCCUCCCUCUCUCCCACCAGGCAACCUGGUGUUUUCGAACGUGGAGGCGAUGGAGUCGGCGUCGUGGCGGGACAGGCUGGAGCAGCUGUGUUGUAUCCGAUACCAACCCUUCACCACGCCCAUUGCUAUCCCCGUGUUCAACUCUUCCUUUGUGAACCCUAAUCAACCCCACUCCCCUCUCACCAGGCAAGCUGGUAUUCUCAAAUGUGGAGGCGAUGGAGUCGGCUUCGUGGCGGGACAAGCUGGACCAGCUGUACAAGAGCUCGUCUCAGAACUACCGUGUGGUGGUGCACGGCAGCAAGGUGAGUGCGGGGUGAAGGGCGUGAGCAUGUUAGGGGCUGCGAGGGCCAUGUGUGGGGGGGGGGGGCACAAUGCGGAGCAGUUUGAGCAGCUGUUACAGGAGAUGUGCACGGACGACGAUGGGGAUCUGCUCAUUGACUCCGCAGUCAAGGGCGGGCCCAAGGUCUUUGUGGUCUCCACCCUCGUUAGUGUCACACCCGCCACGCCCUUCGUCUUCCGAAACUACCAGUAUCCCCCAGGAACUCGGGAAACUCCCCAUCCCCCCGCCGACGGGUCCCCCAUGCCCACGCCGCCCCCGCGCAUGCGCACGUCGGGGCUAUCUGCGCUGCUAGGCACGUGCAAGAUGCAGCUCUGGCAGGCCAUCCGAGCCUCCUCCGCAGCUCCGUACUAUUUCGACGAUUUCGCCGUGGGGCCCCACCGCUGGCAAGACGGGGCUAUUUUCGCAAAUAACCCCACGAUUGUGGCCGUUAGAGAGGCUCGGCUGCUCUGGCCGGACCUGCCGCUGGACUGCGUGGUGAGCCUCGGGUGCGGCUCGGCGCCGCCGAAGCUGCGUGGGAGGCCCGGGUGGAGGGUGGCAGAUACGGGGCAGGUGCUUGCAGAGGCUGCGACGUCGGUGGAGCAGGCGGAUCUGGCGUUUGAGUCGGUCAUGCCCAUGCUGCCUGAUGUCAAAUACUACUGCUUCAACCCAGGUCAACGUCUGCCCCCCGCGUCGCCCCUGGCCAAGGUGAUUGGGCCGCAGGGGGAGCAGAAGCGGGGAGGGAGUGGCAGCUCGCUGCACGCGAUCAAUCCGUACCGUCGGCACGUGCUGCUCGUGGACUCCAUCCGGCCGUUCCGUUGUCGCGCCGGCCCUGGCAGCACUCGGCUCGGCUCUGCUGCUCUGCCAUCGGCGGCGGCAGCCGCAGGUCCGGGAAUAGGCUCGGGUGGUGCGGGUGGAGGUUCGGGAGGAACAGUGGGAAGUGCAGGAAGCCGGAGGGGAGUGGAUGGAAGGGGAGGAGGGGGUGGUGGCUCCCCAGUGUCCGAGUUCCCUCCAACCUGGAUCUUAACAAGCCCACAGGGGAAACCACCCGCCCUGCCACUGCCAGCCACUGCUACUGCCAGCACUGCUAUUGCUGCUGCUGCUGCUGCUGCUCCUGCUGCUGCUGUACCGGUGCUGGGGGGGUCUACUAUCAGAGCGAGUAGUACAGAGGACACACCGUGGGAGUGGAAGCGAGGUUUCCGGCCCCUGGAUGGCCGAAGGGGAGGACUUGGAUGGGGAAGAGGAGGGGCAGCGAGGCAUGAGCACCAGGCAGGCCAGGCAUGGGAGCAGUCACACGGGGCAGCACUCAUGCAGCGCCUGCAGCAGGCUGCUGGCGUGGGGCUCGUGCACCUGGCGCUUGCCGUGUGA